AAUCAAAAAGAACUGGGGAUUGGUGGAAAAAACCCAACAAAUUUCAUAUGUUUUCUUUGCAGGAAAUUGCUGUAUACAAAUCUACCUCAGCUUUUUGAUAAGCAGACAUGGCUGUCACGCUGCAUACUGAUGUAGGAGAUAUUAAAAUUGAACUAUUCUGUGAGCGUACACCAAAGACUUGUGAAAAUUUCCUGGCUCUUUGUGCUAGUAACUACUACAAUGGCUGCGUAUUUCACCGGAAUAUAAAGGGCUUCAUGGUUCAGACAGGGGAUCCAUUAGGCACUGGGAAAGGAGGUAACAGCAUCUGGGGCAAGAAGUUCGAAGAUGAAUUCAGUGAAUACCUAAAGCACAGUGUCCGCGGGGUAGUUUCAAUGGCAAACAAUGGUCCGAAUACCAAUGGGUCGCAGUUCUUCAUCACUUACGGCAAGCAACCGCACCUAGACAUGAAGUACACUGUCUUUGGGAAAGUUAUUGAUGGCUUGGAGACCCUGGAUGAGUUGGAGAAGCUGCCUGUGAAUGAGAAAACCUACCGACCUCUUAAUGAUGUUCGCAUUAAAGAUAUUACGAUUCAUGCCAACCCUUUUGCUCUGUAGCCACAGAGUGCCUCGACACAUUCUUUAGAGACUGGUCAGAUUGACUGCUGGAUUAUGGGGUUUAAAGUGUUAUUAAAAAGGGUUACUGAGCUGGAUCAUGCCUUUGCUCACUGAAGGCAGGAUUUUCAGGAGUGGUGACAUUGUUUGGGAGUUGUUACAGGGAAGUCUUGUGCUUUAGAAGCCAGUUUUUCCAGAGUAUCUUCCAGGAUUUUGAUUUUUAAACAUUGCUUUUUGUACUUGUAAAAUAAGAAAAUACUUUAAAAUUUUUUU